GAAGCUGCAAAAAACUCAGACAGAAUUAGAUGAAAUCCCUGCCAGUGGAUUAAUUGUGGCUGUAACAAUCUUUUCUAAAGGAGACUUAUCAGUGAAGACAGGAUUUAACUCAUCUGGAUGAACAAGGUGAUUGGUAAACAGGUUCGAAGGAUCUCCAAGACUUGACCUUAACAGCCCAGGAUACAGUACUCUCUGAAAUCAACAGGCCAUGGAUGCAUCAAAGGGACCUCAAGGCUACCACCAGACAGAGGGUGGCUCAGUGAAGAUGCCCCGGCCUAUUUGUCUGAUUGAGAAUGAAAGUGGAAGUAAACUGCAGGUGAACCAGGAGGCCCUGAACAUCCUGAGCUCCAUCAAGCAGCCUGUGGUGGUGGUGGCCAUUGUGGGCAUGUAUCGUACUGGCAAGUCUUACCUGAUGAACAGACUGGCUGGGAAGAAUACAGGGUUUUCCCUGGGCUCCACCAUCCAGUCUGAGACAAAGGGCAUCUGGAUGUGGUGUGUGACUCACCCCCGCAGAGAAAACCGCACACUGGUCCUGCUGGACACAGAGGGCCUGGGGGAUGUGGAGAAGGGAGACCAGACAAAUGACACUUGGAUCUUUUCACUGGCUGUCCUCCUGAGCAGCACCUUGGUCUACAACAGCAUGGGCACCAUCAACAAUGAAGCACUGAUGAGCCUUCACUAUGUAACGGAGCUGACAAAGCGCAUCAAGGUGAAGUCCUCCCAGGAGGGAGAGGAUGAAGCCUCGUCUGAGUUCAUGCGCCACUUCCCCUCCUUCGUGUGGACCGUGAGAGACUUCUCUCUGGAGCUGGAGCUGAAUGGGAGGACCAUCACAGCCGACGAGUACCUGGAGAACGCUCUCAAGCUCAACGCAAAUGACUCCAAAAACAAUGCCCCACACCUUGCUCUCAGUGAUGGUCCCAGAAAGUGUAUCCGAAUGUUCUUCCCUGUUCGGAAGUGCUUUGUGUUUGACCGGCCCACCAACAAGCGCAAGCUAAAGAAAAUGGAAGAGGUGGGAGAUGAUGACCUGGAGCCUGACUUUAUCAAGCAAACCCGAGACUUCUGCAGUUACAUUUUAAGUGAUUCAAAGGAGAAAAGCUUCACAGGGGGGAUCAUAGUCAAUGGAAGCAUGCUGGCUAAUCUGGUGGUGACGUAUAUGGAUGCCAUUCGAGGAGGACAGAUGCCAUGCCUGGAGAACGCAGUGCUGGCACUGUCACAGAUCGAGAACUCUGCUGCAGUUGAGAAGUCACACGCCCUCUACAGGCAGCUGCUGGGAGAACGAGUGGUGCUGCCCACUGAGACACAGGAAGAGCUCGCCAGUGUUCAUGAGGGCUGCCUGAAGGAGGCGCUGCAGCUGUUCAUGGCCCGCUCCUUCAAGGACAACGACCAGCAGUACCAGAAAGACCUCAUGGAGCAUAUCAAGGAGGAGUAUGAGAGGAAGUGUCAGGAGAACGCAGAUCUGUCCAGGAAGCACUGCAUUACUCUGCUGCAGCAGCUAUGGCAGUCUCUGGACCAGGAGUCCUACAUGAGGCCAGGAGGAUAUGCUGACUACAGAGUCCAGGUGGACUCCAUCAUUCAGCAGUACAGAGAUACACCUGGCAAAGGCAUACAGAGUGGCCAUGCCUUGGAGUCCUUCCUGAAGGAGAAGAGUGACCUGGAGAGAAACAUUUUGAUGGCAGACAAAAGUCUUACUGAAAAACAACGAAUCUUAGAGGCGGAGAAAGCCCUUGCAGAGGUCGAGAGAGUUAAAGCAGAGGUAGCCAGGCAGGAACAAGAGGCCAUGGCUCAGAAAAUGGAAGACAUGGAGAGAGCGCACAGAGAAAAUGAACAGCAGCUAUUGGAGAAAAUCAAAUGGGAACGCAAGGCAAUGAUGGAAGAAAAUGAACGAGUUCUUACCCAGAGAUUGAAGGAGCAGCGGGCCCUGGAAAUGGAGGGGUACAAGUGGCAGUUAGAGCUGAUGGAGGCCAAGCUGGAGAACAAGAUGCUUAAGCAACAACAGGAUUCUUGUGUGAUUUCCUAAGCACUUUUUUUCCGGAGAAAUUUCAAAA